CUUCAGUUGUAUAACCCAAGACUGGUCUUCAUUUCUUGGCUGGUAACUUCCUCCUUUCACCACACCUACUGUUACUGGCAGAAGAAAAAGCAAGCUAAUUGCUGUCAGAGCCAGCAGACACAUGCCAGAGAAAUUGUGGGAUCCUUCAAAUCUCUUACCCUUAGAAGUUCCAUGAGGAAGUCCAUAUGCUGAGGCUGUGUGUUGUGUUCAUCUACCUUUUGUAUGGGGUGAAAACAGAUCCUCAGAAGACAUGUCCUGCAUUCACAGCCCUCAGCUUCGGGAAUGCUUUGAUAGGGACAGAGCUGAAAGUGAAGCUGCUGCUCUACACGCGGCAGAACCCAACCUGUGCUGAGGAGAUCCACUCUACAGCCUCCAAGUACCUCAAUGUGACCAAGAAAACCACCUUCAUCAUCCAUGGGUACCGACCCACAGGCUCUGCCCCGGUCUGGAUCCUUGACCUGGUGCAUCUCCUGCUUUCUGUAGAGGACAUGAACGUCAUCAUUGUGGACUGGAACCAGGGGGCAACGACUCUCAUCUACAGUUAUGCUUCCAGGAAGUGCAGAAGAGUUGCUGAGAUUCUGAAGAAAUUAAUAGAUGAAAUGCUGAUUGAUGGAGCGUCCCUUGACUCCAUGCACAUGAUAGGAGUGAGCCUGGGAGCACACAUCUCCGGCUUUGUGGGACAGAUGUUUGAUGGCAUGCUGGGAAGAAUCACAGGCCUUGACCCCGCGGGCCCCUUGUACCGGGGGACGGCGCCGAGCGAGAGGCUGGACCCCACGGACGCACAGUUUGUCGAUGUCAUUCACUCGGACACCGACGGACUGGGAUACGGAGAAGCACUGGGCCAUGUUGACUUCUAUCCCAACGGCGGGACCGACCAACCAGGCUGUCCACUUACAAUAUUUUCUGGACUGCAGUAUUUUAAAUGUGACCACCAGAGGUCUGUUUUCCUGUUCCUGUCCUCCCUGACACAGAGCUGCAAUAUCACCACAUACCCAUGCAACUCGUACAGGAAUUACAGGAAUGGCAAAUGCACCAGCUGCGAACCCUUCUGGCCCAUGCCAUGCCCCAUCCUAGGUUAUUAUGCCCAUGAGUGGAAAAGCUAUUUAACACAACAGAGCCAUCCAGUGACAAGUAUGUUUUUCGAUACAGCGGACAAAGAGCCAUUUUGCAUCUAUCACUACUUGGUGGAUAUUAUCACAUGGAACAAAGACACCAGGAGAGGCACCUUCAGCAUCAUGCUAGUUGAUGAAGCUGGGAGGAAGGCAGAAUCAAGAGUCAAUCCAGAAGCUGCUACCUUCCAGCAGUACAACCAAAUCACUUUGCUCAUUGGGUUUGACCAGGAUCUUGAAACUGUGGAAAGAAUUUCCUUGACAUUUUCCACGGGAUCUGUCAUUGGCCCAAAAUUCAAGCUCAGGAUUCUCCAAAUGAGGUUCCGCUCGCUGACAAACCCAGAAAGACCCCAGCUGUGCCGAUACGACCUGGUCCUGCUUGAGAACACCCAGAAAACCUUCAAGCCCAUCCCGUGCUGAAGCAGGGGCCGAGUCCCGCGGAUGCUUGUGCCUGGACGGGGCGGAGACACUCCACCGCCGUGUGGGGGCGGAGACACUCCACCGCCGUGUGGGGACGGAGACACUCCACCGCCGUGUGGGGACGGAGACACUCCACCGCCGUGUGGGGACGGAGACACUCCACCGCCGUGUGGGGACUCACCUGGCGGGGCCCGGGCGCCUUCCGCGGGAGCCGAGCAGCGAGACCCGCUCGCCCCGCACAGCGUAUGAAGAGGCUGGGGAAGCGACAAUAAAACCACGGCGGCACACGGCUUUAAA